GGUUCCCAGCAUGCCCGAAGGGCUGCGCCCCAGAGCAGACGUCCCACAGCCCUUCCCACCUCGGAUCUCUGGCCCCCCCCUCAAAAAUGGCGAGUGAGGCUGCGGGUACUUGCUGAGCAGCGGAGGCUAGCGUGCAAAGCCGCUGCGGCCCUCCACGUCCGGAGCCCGACUGGGGCCGCCGCAGGGAACAUGCACUUUUCCAUUCCUGAAACCGAGUCCCGCAGCGGGGACAGCGGCGGCUCCGCCUAUGUGGCCUAUAACAUUCACGUGAAUGGAGUCCUGCACUGUCGGGUGCGCUACAGCCAGCUCCUGGGGCUACACGAGCAGCUUCGGAAGGAGUAUGGGGCCAAUGUGCUUCCUUCAUUUCCCCCAAAGAAGCUUUUCUCUCUGACACCAGCUGAGGUAGAACAAAGAAGAGAACAGUUAGAGAAGUACAUGCAAGCUGUUCGGCAAGACCCCCUACUUGGAAGCAGUGAGACUUUCAACAGUUUCCUGCGUCGGGCACAGCAGGAGACACAGCAGGUUCCUACAGAGGAGGUCUCCUUGGAAGUGCUGCUCAGCAAUGGGCAGAAGGUUCUGGUCAAUGUGCUAACUUCAGAUCAGACUGAGGAUGUCCUGGAGGCUGUGGCUGCAAAGCUGGAUCUUCCAGAUGACCUGAUUGGAUACUUUAGUCUCUUUCUAGUUCGAGAAAAAGAGGAUGGAACCUUUUCUUUUGUACGCAAGUUGCAAGAAUUUGAGCUGCCCUAUGUGUCUGUUACCAGUCUUCGGAGUCAAGAGUAUAAGAUUGUGCUAAGGAAGAGUUACUGGGACUCUGCCUAUGAUGAUGAUGUCAUGGAGAACCGGGUUGGCCUAAACCUGCUUUAUGCUCAGACAGUAUCAGACAUUGAGCGUGGGUGGAUCCUGGUCACCAAGGAGCAGCACCGGCAGCUCAAAUCUCUGCAAGAGAAGGUCUCUAAGAAGGAGUUCCUGCGGUUGGCUCAGACGCUGCGGCACUAUGGCUACUUGCGCUUCGAUGCCUGUGUGGCCGACUUCCCAGAGAAGGACUGUCCCGUGGUGGUGAGCGCAGGCAACAGUGAGCUCAGCCUCCAGCUCCGCCUACCUGGCCAGCAACUCCGGGAAGGCUCCUUCCGGGUCACCCGCAUGCGGUGCUGGCGGGUCACCUCCUCUGUGCCUUUGCCCAGUGGAGGCACAAGCAGCCCAGGCCGUGGCCGUGGUGAGGUACGCCUAGAACUGGCUUUUGAAUACCUCAUGAGCAAGGACCGGCUACAGUGGGUCACCAUCACCAGCCCCCAGGCUAUCAUGAUGAGCAUCUGCUUGCAGUCCAUGGUGGAUGAACUGAUGGUGAAGAAAUCCGGUGGCAGUAUCAGGAAGAUGCUGCGCCGGCGGGUAGGCGGCCCCCUAAGACGCUCAGACAGCCAGCAAGUAGUGAAGUCCCCACCACUGCUUGAGUCACCUGAUGCCAGCCGGGAAUCCAUGGUCAAACUCUCAAGCAAGCUGAGUGCUGUGAGCUUGCGGGGGAUCAGCAGUCCCAGCACAGAUGCCAGUGCCAGUGAUGUCCAUGGCAAUUUCGCCUUUGAGGGCAUUGGAGAUGAGGAUCUGUGAUCUCUGGUGCUCAGAUGUCUGCCCUCUCCCCUGGAGGAAUGUUCAGAAACUUGCCCUGUGCCUGUACCCCCAAGCCAGGGGGUCUUUUCCUUCUUACCUUCCCCUUUUCUCCUCUUGGCCAGGGGCCUCCUAACCCACUUUCUCUCCCCAAGGGUUGGCUGCACAAAGGAUUGUCCCCUUUUCAGAGCUGGCCCUCAAAGCCAAAUUAGCAUUUAGUUUUUUGCACAAAAUCGAAGGGACCAUGGCUGUCUGCCUUGGGGAGGUACCUUAGCUUCCCCUGGGCUCCUUCUGGCCUAUCGGGGCCAUGGGCCAAGGGGAUAGGCAGAGGUCUGUGUGUGGUCUGGCCCAGCUCCCCAUCAUUAAACUCAGCCUGACUGCUGCCUA